AUGAAAGAUUAUUCACCAAGUGUUGCACCCAUUGUCAAGGGCGAUAGAUUUAAUUUGAAUCAAUGCCAUAAGAAUGAUUUUGAGUGGGAACAAAUGAAGAACAUCCCAUAUGCUUUUGUUGUUGGAAGUCUUAUGUAUGCUCAAGUAUGCACAAGGCCCGACAUUGCAUUUGCUGUUGGAAUCUUAGGAAGAUAUCAGAGUAAUCCAUGUAUGGAUGACUGGAAAGCUGCAAAGAAGGUGUUAAGAUAUCUUAAAGGAACAAAAUAUUACAUGCUAAUGUAUAGGCAGAUGGACAAUCUUGAUGUGAUCGGCUAUUCAGACUCCAACUUUGCUGGUUGUGUUGAUUCUCGCAAAUCAACAUCAGGAUAUAUGUUUAUGAUGGCGGAUGGAGCUAUUUCAUGGAGAAGUACUAAGCAAACCUUGGUUGCUACUUCUACUAUGGAAGCCGAGUUUGUCUCCUGUUUUGAGGCUACUUCUCAUGGUGUAUGCCUUAAGAGUUUUAUUUCUGGGAUUAGAAUCAUGGAUUCUAUUUCUAAAUCUCUGAAUAUUUUUUGCGAUAAUUCAGCAGUUGUCUUUAUGGCUAAGAACAAUAGAAGUGGAAGUCGAAGCAAGCACAUCGACAUAAAGUAUUUAGCCAUUAGAGAAAGAGUUAAAGAUAAAAUAGUAGUUAUUAAUCACAUUAGUAUUGAUUUAAUGAUCGUUGAUCCUUUGACUAAGGGCAUGCCACCAAUAAAAUUUAAGGAUCAUGUAGAGAACAUGGGACUUGGGUCCUCCUUAUGA